CGCCAACCCCACCCAGCCCUCAGACCCUUCCAGCUGCAGCUGUCGUCUUUGCUUCAGCCUCAGCCGCCACUGGUUGCCUGAGGUGCUCUUACAGCCUGUUCCAGGUGUGGCUUAAUCCGUUUCCACCACCAGAUCUUUCUCCGUGGGUUCCUCUGCUAAGACCGCUGCCAUGCCAGUGACGGUAACCCGCACCACCAUCACGACCACCACGACGUCGUCCUCGGGCCUGGGGUCCCCCACGAUCGUGGGGUCCCCUCGGGCCCUGACACAGCCCCUGGGUCUCCUUCGCCUGCUGCAGCUGGUGUCUACCUGCGUGGCCUUCUCACUGGUGGCUAGCGUUAGCGCCUGGACGGGGUCCAUGGGCAACUGGUCUAUGUUCACCUGGUGCUUCUGCUUCUCCGUGACCCUGAUCAUCCUCAUCGUGGAGCUGUGCGGGCUCCAGGCCCGCUUCCCCCUGUCUUGGCGCAACUUCCCCAUCACCUUCGCCUGCUACGCAGCCCUCUUCUCCCUCUUCUGCCUCUCUGCCUCCAUCAUCUACCCCACCACCUACGUCCAGUUCCUGUCCCACGGCCGUACCCGGGACCACGCCAUCGCCGCCACCUUCUUCUCCUGCAUCGCUUGUGUGGCUUAUGCCACCGAAGUGGCCUGGACCCGGGCCCGGCCCGGCGAGAUCACUGGCUACAUGGCCACCGUGCCCGGGCUGCUGAAGGUGCUGGAGACCUUCGUGGCCUGCAUCAUCUUCGCGUUCAUCAGUGACACCAACCUGUACCAGCACCAGCCAGCCCUGGAGUGGUGCGUGGCGGUGUACGCCAUCUGCUUCAUCCUAGCGGCCAUCGCCAUCCUGCUGAACCUGGGGGAGUGCACCAAUGUACUGCCCAUCCCCUUCCCCAGCUUCCUGUCGGGACUGGCCUUGCUGUCUGUCCUCCUCUAUGCCACUGCCCUUGUUCUCUGGCCCCUCUACCAGUUCGAUGAGAAGUAUGGCGGCCAGCCUCGGCGCUCAAGAGAUGUAAGCUGCAGCCGCAGCCAUGCCUACUAUGUGUGUGCCUGGGACCGCCGACUGGCUGUGGCCAUCUUGACAGCCAUCAACCUACUGGCGUAUGUGGCUGACCUGGUGCACUCUGCCCGCCUGGUUUUUGUUAAGGUCUAAGACUCUCCCAAGAGGCUCCCAUUCCCUCUCCAACCUCUUCGUUCUUCUUGCCGGAGUUUUCUUUAUGGAGUACUUCUUGCCUCUGCCUUUCCUAUGUUUUCCUCUUCCUGUCUCCCCUCCCACCUUUUUCUUUCCUUCCCAGUUCCUUGCACUCUAGUUCUUGGAUGCAUCUUCUUCCUUCCCUUUCCUCUUGCUGUUUCCUUCCUGUGGUGUUCUGUUGCCCACAUCCUGUUUUCACCCCUGAGCUGUUUUCUCUUUUUCUUUUCUUUUUUUUAAGACGGAGUCUCACUCUGUGGCCCAGGCUGGAGUGCAGUGGUUGAAUCUUGGCUCACUGCAACCCCCGCCUCCCGGGUUCAAGCAAUUCUCCUGCCUCAGCCUCCCAAGUAGCUGGGAGGACAGGUGUGAGCUGCCGCACCCAGCCUGUUUCUCUUUUUCCACUCUGUUUUUUUUUUUUAAUCUCUUUUCUGGGUUUCCUGUUGGCUUUCUUAACUGCUUGUUUCCCAACCACCUUCUCCUAUGUCCUUGGGAGCCCUGAGACUUCUUUCUCUUCCUGUCUCCACCCACCUCCAAAGGUGCUGAGCUCACACAUCCACACCCCUUGCAGCCGUCCAUGCCACAGCUCCCCAAGGGGCCCCAUUGCCAAAGCAUGCCUGCCCGCCCUCGCUGUGCCUUAGUCAGUGUGUACGUGUGUGUGUGUGUGUGUGUGUGUGUGUUUGGGGGCUGAGGGGUGGGUAGCUGGUGAUUGGGUCCCCUUUCUCCCAGUGGAGGAAGAUGUGCAGUGGACUUCCCCUUUAAGUUAAAAAUAUAUAUAUACACAUAUAUAUGUGUGUAUAUAUAUUUUAUAUAUAUAUAUAUUUAGAGGUCAGUAAUUUCCAAUGGGCAGGAGGCUUUAAGCACAGACCCUGGGUCCCUAGGCCCUGCCUGACACUCAGUCUUGCCAGAGAUCGGCUCCAGAAUUUUUGCCAGGCUUACAGAACACCCACUGCCUAGAGGCCGCCUUAAAGGAAGCAGGGGCUGGAUGCCUUUCAUCCCAACUAUUCUCUGUGGUAUCAAAAAAAAAAUUCAGGGCCGGGCGUGGUAGCUCACGUCUGUAAUCCCAGCACUUUGGGAGGCCAAGGCAGGCAAUCACCUGAGGUCAGGAGUUGGAGACCAGCCUGGCCAAUAUGGUGAAACCACGUCUCUGCUAAAAAUACAAAAAUUAGCCAGGCGUGGUGGCACGCACCUGUAAUCCCAGCUACUUGGGGGACCGAGACAGGAGAAUCCCUUCAAUCCGGGAGGUGGAGGUUGCCGUAAGUCUAAGAUGGCGCCACUGCGCUCCAGCCUGGGCGGCAGAGCCAGACUCCAUCUCAAAAAAAAAAAUAAAAAAAAAGGAGUCGGACAAAGAACCACAGGAUGUUGAAGACAACUGUCUGAAGUAUUUGUGAGGGACAGGGAUGUGGCCCUCUGUGUUAAAAAUAACGUGUCCUGCUUUGGCAAAGAGAAGAACACGGCCACUGCCCGCUUUCAAGGCAAGAUCAGCCUUUUUUGUUUUGUUUUGUUUUUCUUUCUUUUUCCUGGUCAUGAGGACGAAAAUUACUGAGUGGCCCUUAAAGAGGGAAGUUUCUUUUCAGCUGUUCUCUUUUGCCUGUAGGUGGGAGGGUGUGGAUUGCUGCCGUCCUAGCUAGAGGAAUGGCUUUGCUUGAAUGUGUAGCGCACACGCACGGGUGUUUCUGUGUGCUAGUUGCUUCUUGCUGCUGCUUCCUGCUUGUCUGGGACUCACAUGCAUAACGUGAGAGAUAUAUAUAUAAAAAUGUAUAAAUAUAUAUUUUAUUUUUUUUUAAUUCCCUGGAGCUUUUGGUUCCUAUCAGUUCCUGUUGUUAGUCAUAGAAGCCUUGUCCCUUCCCCCAUUCCCGUAUCCAUCAUGUUCUUUUUCCUUUAACUAUCAAUAUAAAGAUAAAAGAAGGA